GAGCAGCUCUCCGGGCGAGGCGGGUCUCGGGAGCCACCGGAGCGGGGAAAAGCCUCGCUGCGAAGAGGAGAGUGAGGAACGGAACGGAACAGGCGCUCCACUAUGAAAUUCAUCUCUGCUUAUUACUUGCUGCCUCUUUUUCCUGCACUGGUCUUCAGCAUUAGACAGGGUUAUGAAGAACUGGAAAGACAGUUGAAAGAAGUCUUUAAGGAAAGGAGCAAUAUCCUUCGUCAACUGUCGAAGACUUCUAAAGAACUUGAAGGAAUUAAAGUAAACCUUCAGUCUUUGAAAAACGAUGAAGCAUCGGCCAAAAAUGAUGUGCAGAAACUUCUGGAACUGGGCCAAAAGCAAAGGGAAGAAAUGAAAUCUCUCCAGGAGGCCUUUCAGAAGCAGCUUAAUGAGGCAGCUGAGAAAGCAGAAAAGCAGCAGGCUACUAUUAACUUUUUGAAGACUGAAAUGGAAAGGAAGAGCAAAAUGAUACGUGACCUCCAAAAUGAGAACAAAAGCCUCAAAAACAAGCUCUUGUCAGGAAACAAGCUUUGUGGUAUUCAUGCAGAAGAGUCAAAAAAGAUUCAAGCCCAGCUGAAAGAACUACGUUAUGGGAAAAAGGAUUUGAUUUUUAAGGCACAACAGCUAACAGAUCUGGAGCAAAAACUAGCAGUUGCAAAAGAUGAGUUGGAAAAGGCAGCCCUCGAUAAAGAGUCACAGCUGAAAGCUCUGAAGGAGACCGUGCAGCUUUGCCUGUCUUCUGUUCUGCACAAUCAGCCUCCCACUACGAAUCUAAUCCCUUCAAAACCAGCUGAGAAGUUGACAUCCCCAGUUACAAAGGGCUCAAAAGUUCCAUUUCAAGUGACAAGCACCAAGCGAAAUGCCUCAGCAGAGAAAGAUAAUUUACAUGUGACCUCAAGAAAGGAAGAAAAUCAGAGCAUCCAGGAGUGCGAUUCUCAAGAUGUUGGCAAGACAUGUUUGGGGAAUCGCAACAAUUCGACAUCUCGUUUGAAGACAGCAGAAACAGAGACAAGCUUUCAGCAGAAGUUACGCAGCCCUCCGUGGUCUAAACCUGAAGAGAAACAGUCACCUGAAAGAAAUGAGAAAAAAAUUGAAGAGUCUGUUAGUACAAAAGAGAAAAAACUCUAAGCAUUCUAAAACUCCCAUCACUUGCUUCCAUCUUCAUCUUUUUAGUCCAGAGGCAUGAAAUGUACCAGGUUUC